GUUGUCGCUAGAAGAUGGUGAAUGGCAGGCCUUGGAAGCGAGGAGACUACAACGGGCUGAGCGUCAUCUGCUGACAGUCCAAUGAGAAAUCCAGUGAAGUGAAGCAGAGACAAUUCAAACAAUAUCAGGAACGAAACAAACGGCACAGGGAACUGGAACAAAACUGGACAGGAAAAAGCAGGCAUGAGCACCAAUGAUCUGACAAAAGACAAGAGCAAAUACACCACAUAAAGGCAGAACUGAUGAGCUUCAGGUGUGCUGAAAGCUGAGAGCGUUGCCCCAGCAACGUGAGUCACCAACAGGUGACAGAAAACACAAGACAAGCAAGAUGAACACACAGACCUGCAAACCAUGACACAUUUUAAACAAAAAAUAAAUCUAAACUGUGACAGAAAGUUGUUUUUGAUUAUGUCUAAAUAUAUAUCCAAAUGCAAUCCCUGAUAAAAGGAUUAUGUCUGAACAAUUUUGUUAUCAGUCUCAACAUUAUGUUUUCAGCAAAAAGAAUUUGCUCAACCUUGUUAAAAAUACCUAUGCUGCCAUCUAGUGGUUACACUAAAUAUUAAAUUUGAUUUCUUUCAACCAGAUAGCACUAAUCUGCAUAUUUUAACUUACACAUACUGCUUUAAUUGAAAAAGUAAAAUAAAAUGUUUAUUUAGAAUAUUUGUAUUAUUUUAUAUAGAAAUAAAUGGUGUAUAAUAUAUUGUUUAGAAGAUAUGAGACUCUUCCUGUUUCCCUUUUUGUCAUUAAUUUAUCCCUCACCAUGGCAACACCAUUUGAGAUAUACAUUAUCCAUUUGCAAUUUAGCAUCCUCAAUGUGUUGACUUCAUGCUGACUGAGUUUGCUUGCGAUCGGAUGAAUCCCCUAGGAGAAGUAUAUAUAAUAGCCAAUUUCCUGUUGGGCUGGCGUAUGACUUGCACAAUGAGAUCUAUAACUAUGAAGUUUGGUUACUGUAGAUGAAUAGGGUGCCCUAUAAAUACAACCCUGAUGGCUGAUGAUUCCAGUGUGUGUGCAAAGUUUCAAGAGUUUUUGAGCAUGUUAAGGGCCCUAAAAGUGCCUGAAAGUUUGAAAAAAUAAAAAUAAAAAAAUAACCUAAGGAAAACAAUAGGGCCCUUCGCCUUAGGGCUUGGGCCUUAAUAAUAGUGGAAAAAACAUGCCAAAAACAUGCUCGGGCCCUAAUAAUGACAAUUUCACACAGAAUGGCUAUAACAAGGCUGUUUUAAAGGUCACCGAAAUCUGUUAACCCCCUAUAUUUCACACAUAAUAGCUGUAAUGUCCUUCAGAUUCACUCUGGUGAUAUCUAAUCUCCUCUGUUUCAUACAGUAAAAAAACAUCCAAACCAUUUUAGGUGACUCACUGUAUUUUUCCUUCCUUCAAAAUGAGUAAAGGAGACAUGCUGAAUUAAAAAUGGCACAGCAGAAAUAACAGCAGAAAUGCAGCCGUUACCCCGGUAACCCCGUAAACAGAGCAGUUGCUACUUUCUGUUCUGAACAGUAUUUGAAUGUUUUAAACAGCCAUUCAGAUUUUUGUAUUUGCAAAGGUGUUCAUCUCAGCACUAAGUACCUAAAUAAUUAAAAACUAUUUAUUUUCAAACUUAAACAUUUUUACAUUUUAAUCUGGACUACAGCAUGCCCUAUAUUGAUUGAAAAUUCAAGUUCUGAUUAUUUAUGCGUGACCUUGUGUGACCUCUUCAUACAGGCCUCUGUUAAACUUGUUUGGGGUCACACUAUGCAAGAAAACUCUGUCCUGCUGUCAAAAAUUGUGUUUUGUGCAAUCAAAAUGGUGACUGCAUAUUCAAAUGAAUAAUUAUCCCAUGCUUUAUAGGUCACUAACCAAUAAAAUAAUUUAUUAGAUGAAUUUCUUUGCGACUGUGAAGAUGUUUCAUGCAAAAAGAAUUGAUAAAACAAAACUCCAUGAUAAUUAUGUGGCCAAGACACAGACUGAUAUUCAAGCUCUGCAACUAUGAUGUCACAAAGACAUUCUAGAACUCUGCUGAGCAUUGGGUCUCCACAAAGACACAAACCUGAGAUUACUUUGAUCAGAGUUUUGAGGUGAGAAGACUAAAUAUAUUUAAAGACCAACAUCAGACAGAACAUGGAGUACACUAACAUAAGUGCCACAGCCUUUAAUUUGUUUGAUGAAGCACGUUCACUGGGUGAACACACCGACGUGGUCAUCAGGGCAAACGACACCGAAUUUCGAGCGCACAAGAUCAUCUUGUCUGCCUUCAGCCCUUACUUUAGGGCUCUUUUCUCCAACAACUGGAGCAGCACAGAAAAACAUUUUUAUGAAAUUCCAGGAAUGUCCCAAGAAUCCCUGUCUCAGAUUAUUCAAUACACGUACACAGGAUCUGCGCACAUUACAGAAGACAAUGUGUUAGAGCUCUUGGUGGCGGCUGAUCAGUUUUUGGUGUCAGGUCUUGUAGAUGCCUGCUGUCAGUUCCUGGAGGAAUAUUUAUCCUCAGAGAACUGGACUGGCAUCUACAGGUUUACCGAGGACUUUUAUUCCUGCUCAAAGCUCCACCAUAAAGCAAUGCGCUACAUCCUGCAGAACUUUGAGGAGGUUCUGCUCGUACCUGAGGAGUUCCUGGAGCUCUCGCUGAAACAACUAGAAGAAAUCAUUGAUAAGGAUGAGCUGAAUGUCAAACAGGAGAAGGUGGUUUUUGAAGCAGUCCUCCAGUGGAUUUAUUAUGAACCUGAAAACAGGAAGAAACACAUUGCCGUGCUUCUGCCAAAGGUUCGAUUGGGCUUGAUACCAUCAGACUACUUCAUCAAUAAUGUGAAGUGCAAUGCACUGGUGAUGGAGAAUGAAGCCUGCAAGCCUGUUAUUAUCAAUGCAAUGAAGACUAUGUUUGACCUCAGCAUGGAUGAACCCACCAACCAAGAGCUCAUACAUCAACUGACACGCCCACGUCUGCCCUCAGCGAUUCUAUUGGCCAUCGGAGGAUGGAGUGCCGGCAAUCCCACCAAUGUGAUUGAGGCAUAUGAUGUGAAGGCAGACCGCUGGGUCAGUGUAACUCAAGACGAUGAGCAUCCUAGAGCCUAUCAUGGUACAGCAGUCCUGGAUGAGUUUGUUUACUGUGUUGGUGGUUAUGAUGGUGUGGAGUAUUUCAACAGCGUGAGGAAAUGUAAUCUCAUCACUCACACUUUUCAUGAGGUGGCCCCCAUGUAUGAACGCCGAUGCUAUGUUAGUGUGGCUGUUCUGGACGGGCUCAUUUAUGCAAUUGGUGGUUUUGAUAGAUAUCAACGACUUAAAACAGCAGAGCGUUAUGAUCCAAACACCAAUCAGUGGACACUGAUAGCACCCAUGAAUGAACGGAGGAGUGACGCCAGCGCCACCUCACUGCAGGGCAGGGUUUAUGUCUGUGGUGGUUUUACCGGGAUUGUGUGUCUCUUUUCCGCUGAGAGCUAUAACCCUGAAACAGACCAGUGGACUCUCAUCGCUCCCAUGAAAAGCCGUCGCAGUGGUGUUGGUGUGAUCGCUUAUGGAGAUCUAGUGUAUGCUGUUGGUGGUUACGAUGGCGCCAGUCGUUUGCGGAGUGUGGAGGCCUACAACCCGCUGACUAACAUCUGGCGUGAUGUUGCAUCAAUGUACAACCCACGCAGCAACUUUGGCAUUGAGGUAGUUGAUGGUCAGUUGUUUGCUGUCGGAGGCUUUAAUGGACUUGGCACCACCUGUGAUGUAGAGUGCUAUGAUGAGAAGACAGAUGAAUGGUUUGAUGCAAAUGAAAUGACCAUUUACCGCAGUGCUCUGAGUUGUUGUGUAGCCUCAGGAUUGCCUAACAUUGCACAGUAUGCUGCCCCACGAGACGCCGUACAGACACAAGACGAGUCUGACAGUGAAUGAUCUCCUUCUAGCAGAUCUGACAGUCUGAUUACAAAUGGAGUGUCAUGUUUCCUGAAUAAAUGCAUUCAAAAAAGAGGCUGUAAUCUAAUUGUUAAACUUCCUCUCAGGUGUAGUGUUGUUCAUUAAAAAGAUUGUAGGUUCAAACCUCGCAAGGGAUCUCUG